AGCCGACUGGCCCGGGCCGCGAGGAUGAAGGAGGCCAAGUCCGAGCGGGAGCGGAGGCAGCGGCGCCGGCGCCGGCGGCGGCGGGAGGACGAGGACGAGCCGGGGGAAGCGGCGGGGGACGACGUGCUGGUGCCGGAUCUGUCGCUGGUGAAGCAGGAGAAGCGCAGCCCGACCCCCGCCUCCCGCUCUCACCGGCCACGGUCCCGGGCCCGGCGCGGCUCCUCGGGAAGUCCGAGCCCGGCGCGGGAGGAGGAGGCGCCGCUGCCGCCCCCGGCCUCGGCCCCGGCCUCGCGAGCCCGCAGCGCUCGUGCCUCCGGCGACCGCGCCGGCAGCUGCAGCAGAUCACCAACCAAAAGGAAAAACAAGUCCUUUGGGAGAAGAAGCAGAUCUCCUCGGAGUAAGAGAAGCCGUAGCCCUCACCAUCCCGUAGUCAAGGUGAAGCAGGAACGUGGUGAAAGUGAAAACCGUCCCAGGAGAGGAAGAGAUGAAAGGCAACACAGGGAGCAAUCGGAACAAGAACACAGACGGGAGAGAAAUGGUGACCGAGACAGACACCAUAGCCAUUCUAACCAGAGGAAGACCGCUAGUGAGAGGCCUAGUGGUGGGCGGAAUCGAGAUGCCCAGAACCUACAGGAACAGGAAGCAGAAAGAGAAUUUUAUAACUCUCGGCGACGGGAACGUCGCCAGAAGAAAGAUGUGGGUGGCAGCAGUGAUGAGAAUCAGGAGAUUGUUCUGCAGUCUGCUGGUGGCCACAGUAAAGGAAAAGACCCACCAAAUAAAGAGAAACCCAGCUUUGAACUGUCAGGGGCACUCCUUGAGGAUACCAACAUGUUCCGUGGUGUGGUGAUAAAGUAUAGUGAGCCUCCAGAAGCACGGAUCCCAAAGAAACGCUGGCGCCUUUACCCCUUUAAGAAUGAUGAGGUGCUCCCGGUCAUGUACAUCCACAGACAAAGUGCUUAUCUUCUGGGCAGACACCGGCGAAUUGCAGAUAUUCCUAUUGACCACCCCUCCUGUUCAAAGCAGCACGCAGUAUUUCAGUAUCGGCUUGUAGAAUACACCCGUGCUGAUGGAACAGUUGGCCGAAGGGUAAGGCCAUAUAUCAUCGACCUUGGCUCAGGUAAUGGGACCUUCUUGAACAACCAGCGCAUUGAACCACAGCGUUACUAUGAACUAAAGGAGAAGGAUGUGCUCAAAUUCGGGUUCAGUAGCAGGGAAUAUGUACUGCUUCAUGAGUCUUCAGACACCUCUGAGGUGGAUAGAAAAGAAGAUGAGGAUGAGGAGGAGGAGGAGAUUUCUGACAGCUAGCAAAUUCAGAAGAAGCUCCUGUAGCUGUUAAGAGAAUUUUUCCUUUGCCGAAGGCCUGGACUUGGAAUUUAAAGAGCAGAGCAGCACUCCCUGGUGCCUCUUAUUGCCUUAAGUCUUUCCUCUGUUGCUGAUCAGCUUAUGUUAAAAUUUAAGAAAUUUGAUAAUUUGUGGUUUUGGUUGAACUUAUUUCUGUAACCCGUUAGCCACACAAGUGUGGACAUUUGCUUUCAGAAUAAUUUCACCAAUAACAGUCUGUCCAUUGUGUAUAGUAGAAGCAUGAUGGCGUGGCAUGAGUUGGUGCUCUGGAAACUAUUGCCUGAUAACUGUAGACCCUUGGUUAAAAAGAGAAACAUGGCAUGUUCUCUUUGUGCAGCUAUUUGCUUUGUACAGUGACUAAGAAAUAUGGACCAGCAGUUUUUCACAUUUUAUUUUUUGUAAAUACCUAGACAGAGAAUUUGGCCCAAGUUUUGGUUAUCAGCAAAACAGACCCCCAUUAUAUAUACCGAAGCUUCAGUCCAGUUAACCUUGAAUCAUAGAAAUCGAUCUCAUUAUUUAAGUCUUUGAGAAUGAGAAUUUUACCACACAUAUGACCUUAUAGACUGCUUACAUGCAGACAAAUAUUGGGUCCUGAUGAACUACAUGACAGGACAGUAAAACCAUGGCCAUUGCGGGGAAGAGAUUAAAAUGCAUCCUGGAUCUGUUUCUUACAUAAGAGGAUUCUGUAUUUCCCAAAGUAGCCUGGGUCUGUCAUUAAUUUGGGUUUUCUUGUCUGUUUAACUGCUUUGCAUUUAUUAUAACAUCAUUUUUUUCUCCUAACUCAUAGCGUCACUUGUGUGGGAGGAUUACCUCAGAUGUUGGAGCAGUCUAUUCAUUUUAACUAGAUUUGUGUGUGCUAGAAAGAAAUUUUUGUUCUACUUACUGUAUUUUUUAAUAUCCUGGAAGGCCAUGUCUAUCAUCUUUCCCCACCCCCCCCCCAUAAGCAGGGAGGAGCUGAGGUAAGGGAAACACCUAUUUACUAAUCUUCCCCAAGUCAAAUAUGUGUGCAUCGAAUUUUGUCUGUGUACAUAUGUUGUAUAUAUAAAUUGGAUGAGAGAGUGUGUGGGUGGGUGUGUGUGGGUGGUGGCUGGAGGUGUGUACUACAUGCAUCUGAGUGGUUUUUUUUGUAAUGUAAAUGGAAUACUACAUUAUGAGUAAAGGCAUAGAUCACCCUGUUAUUUGAAUAGCAGGAUCUCAUUUAUUUAUAGUUUGGGAUCACACAAUAAAAGAAUCUGUAAAUGUAGCCCUACUCAGCCCCAAAGUGUAAUACUUUCUAGUAUAAAGCCUUUUGAUACUUUUUGUUUUUAAAAAGGUUUAAAUUUUAAAUUUUUUUUGAAGUGAAAAUAAAUGGUGAUUGAGAGGGGAAACAGGUGGGAACACCACUGACAACCUAAACUAAAUUCCAGAUCACUAAUCCAUAUAAAGAGCGUUGAGCGUUUUGAAGCAUCAGUGCUUUCUAAAUUGGGAGCAAGAUUUUUAUCCUUACCAGGGAGUGUAAAGAAGCUUUUGUGUAUGCUAUGUAUAGUUGGCCCUGUAUAAACCAAGGCCUGAUUAUUCAGUCGAUGGAUUAUUUGUACCCUUCCUCUCUUCCCCUCCCAUAGGGCCUUGCUAUUUCAGUCUACACAAACACCACUCCCAGAGUGCUGGUUAGGGAAAGAGAAAUAGAAAGUCAAUUAGCUUUACUAUUAAUUAGUUCUUAGGUUGAAAUGUAUGAGAUUUUGAGAUUAUCUCUGCAUGUUGGUUAUUUAUACCUGCUUUUCUCCCAAUGUAUCUUGUCAUGGACGAUGUUCAGACAGCCGACCAGUGUUGACCACUGGGUAUGUGGCGACAUGGUGUGGGUUUAGUGUUCAUUGUUUAGAUUGGGGGACAAAAAGCUUUGGAAAACAUGAUAUUUUGUGAACAUUUAAUAAGCUUAAAAUUAAAAGGGGCAAAAACUUACCAGUUUGUUCCCCUAGGUCUUUGUCUCCAAUGACUCUGCCAGCUUCUACAUGCUUAAUGUCCAGUAUCCAAUGUAUGCAUGUAUAGAAUCCAAUUUUGUAUUUUUAAAUUUUCUUUGAAACAGACUGAGUUUUCCCUUGGCCUGCUCUUGCUCUUUGUCUCUCUCACUCCGGUGCCUCUCUGAUCAGUUGUGUUGCUACACUGAUUGCCAGUGGGUUUUAAGGUCACUUGAUGCUGCAGAGCAGCUCUUAAGUUUUACUUCUAGCCUGCACUCUGGUGGAUGUAUCAAUAGAGCAUGGAGAAAAUACCAACUUUCCUACGUGCCGGCAGCACAGACAGAUGUUUUUGUACUAGGUUUUCUUCUUGACAAACAAGUAAUGGUUCCUGGAUUCAGUGAUUCUGAUGGAAGAUUUCUUUAAAAAGGAUGGAAGCAGUGGGCCUGGGAGCAGGCCGGCUGAGAUGCCAUUCUCCUCUAGCUCCAAAGCCAGGUAUCACCAGCAAAUUUCUAAACUGGAGUAGUGACAGAUGUUGUGCAAUAGUUCUUACACAUUCUAUCUGAGAAACAUGUUUAGUUGGACCGUUUGGUUUCCUCUUCUGCCAUCUCUUGUCAAACUUUGUUUGCAGUACCUUUUCUACUCCAAGGAAGAAUGACUGUCUAAACCAAAGCAAAGUGAAAAAUCAAAAUGCUUUUGAACUCUGGUCACUUGCAUCUCCUUAUUGAAUCCUGCAGUCAUUCUGAAGUUCUCCUGGAUUUUAUAUGAAUCCCAUUUCCUCAAAACUUCCCAUUAAGUGUUUUCUCCAGUCAUACCAUACCUACCCCCUCAUCCUCUUAUAGACAAGCAGCAUCUUAGUAAUUACAAUUUGUGAAGCAACCUUUAUUCUGACUUAGUAAUAAAAACAGAAUUCAUAGCUUGUGUCUGUAAAGAAUAGUUUGAUUUGGGUUGGAUUUUUUAAAUGGAAUUUUUAUUAUUGUAUUUACAUCAGUAUGCUAGUAUGCAAUGCAGCAAGGUUUUAGAAAUUCAUCACUUUUUAAAAAAUAGAUUUUCAGGAUGAUUAUUAUUUGAUAAAUAGUACAAAUGUUUACAUUUUAUAAGUCCUUAACUCCCUCUUUUUAAAAAAUCACUUAUUUGGCCAAGAAAUGAAACAAUGUUAAGUUGAAGUAGAAUUUUCGUGUGGUAUGUUCAGGUAUAUGCCAGCAGUCUCUGAAGAGCAAGAUAAAGGAUUCAGAAUAUACUAUGUUCACAAAUGUAUAUAAGUUUGUAUCAAGUGAAAUAGCUACUCACUUUUAAAUUAAAGUUUUGGAAUUAAAAA